CAGCGCUUCCAAGUCUAGAGUCCAGAUUUGAGAGCCUUUCGCCUUCCGUCCUCUGCUACGAAGUUUGCGCAGCCUCCCGCUCCCUCGCGUGCCUCUUACGCCAGCCUCCUGCCGGAACUGCCCUCUCAGAGUAGCGCUCUGGCGCAGCUGUCGGCGUACGAGGGGCCUAAGCCGGCUUUUACAAGCCUCGGACUGGAGUGAUCGCUCGGCCGGCGGACGUCGCGGGGAAGGCGGGGACGAGUCGGGAGUCCGGAUGCGGCCGUUUUCCACCUCGAGGGCGGCCAGCAUCUGGUGAAAAUGGCAGCCAACCGCCAGCAGCGCUGGAGGCCCUGGGGAAGAUUGGCGCAGCCACAGCCGGAGAAGGAGGAGGUGUCUGAAUGCGUGGGCCGGCAGCUGGGCGAUCCGGGGAAGUUUGCCUACGCGGCCCUCUGCGCUGUCUCUUUGGCAUCAUUGUUUCCCGAGGAAGAGGAAAGGCCAUACAGGACAGGUUUUGUGGAGAGCCUGGUGGAAUGGCUGCAGCUUUCAGACGCCGUCCUGCCUGCUAUGUUGGCGUUUGUUGGUGGUCUGGGGGGCGAAGGGACGGAGACCUUUGCGCAGAUCCUCUUGAAGGAGCCGCUCAUGAAAGACGACCCCAGCAUCAUCACACAGGAUCUUGUGUCCUUCUCUCUCAAGGACGGCACCUACGACGCCCGGGCAAGGGUGCUCCUUUCCCACAUCACCUGGCUGCUGAGGAUUCCCCCAGCAGAACUGGAAGCUUCGGAGGAGCGUCUUCUUGAGUGCCUGAAAGAGGAGGAAGAGGAGGAGGAAUCUGAGACGGCCGCAGCUGCGCGGAAGAAGAAAGAGAAAAACAGGAGGUUGAAGAGGUACCUGUUGAUCGGCUUGGCGACUGUUGGUGGGGGGACAGUAAUAGGUCUGACAGGGGGCCUGGCUGCCCCCCUGGUGGCAACGGGAGCAACGGCGAUCAUUGGCAGCGCUGGGGCUGCUGCCCUGGGCUCAGUGGCCGGGAUGGCUGUCAUGGGGUCGCUCUUUGGAGCUGCAGGAGCUGGACUCACAGGUUACAAGAUGAAAAAGCGUGUGGGGGCCAUUGAAGAGUUUGAGUUCCUGCCCUUAACGGAAGGGAGGCAUCUCCACCUCACCAUAGCCAUCACCGGCUGGCUCACGACUGGCAAAUACGGGAGUUUCACGGCUCCCUGGAGCAGCCUUCUACAGUCCAAAGAACAGUAUUGCUUAGCCUGGGAGAGCAAGUACCUGAUGGAACUGGGCAACACGCUUGACACUUUGCUGAAUGGAUUAGUCAACGUCAUGGCUCAGGAAGCCUUGAAAUUCACUGUCUUAUCAGGCAUCGUCACUGCGCUUGCAUUACCCGCCUCCCUGCUCACGGUGGCCAGCGUGAUUGAUAACCCCUGGGGAGUGUGCCUCCACCGCUCGUCUGAGGUCGGCAAACACCUGGCUCGAAUCCUGCUCAGCCGGCACCAGGGCAAGCGGCCGGUUACCUUGAUCGGUUUCAGUCUUGGCGCCAGGGUCAUCUACUUCUGCCUCCAGGAAAUGGCCAAGGAGGAAGACUGCAGAGGCAUCGUCGAAGACGUGGUCCUUCUAGGGGCACCAGUGGAAGGGGAAGCCAAAUACUGGAAGCAAAUUGCCAAGGUCGUUUCAGGAAGGAUCAUCAACGGCUACUGCAGGGGAGACUGGCUGCUGAGAUAUGUCUAUCGGACAUCCUCUGUUCAACUCAACGUCGCUGGACUUCAGCCGGUUAACCUGGACGACAGGAGAAUGGUGAACGUGGAUCUCUCAUCGAUCGUGAGCGGCCAUCUGGACUACAUGAAGCAGAUGGACACGAUCCUGAAAGCCGUGGGUGUCAAAACGAAGCAGUGCCGCCUGGAAGAGGAGGGUAGCCUCGCCACUCUCUCCACUGAGCUUGAGGAGGACCGGGAGCCGGUACCAUGCGACGCUCAGGAAGAGCAAUGCAUCGUGGGAGAGGAAGGGCCCAGCGGUACCAAUGAAGGCGACGUCAACGGUGAUGACCACUGGGUGUGGGAGCCGGUUUCCAGCCACAGUUCGGGCCCAAAUGACCUCCCGCCACCAGCAGAGGCGGUUUCUGGACAGGGUGAAAUCUCUAGUGCCGCAAGGGACCAGGACGCAGCCGGGCUAGAAGAGCCUUUUCCCACCAGCUCCUCACAUUCCCAAGAACUUUCCAGCUCCGCAAGCGCCCCUCUGACUCUCAGAUAACAUAAUGAGGCGCCGCAGCGUG